CGCAACGCAGACAUCAUCGUCAUUGUCUGACGUCUCUCACCUUCAGUAUCGCGGUCGCGGGUCUUCAUAUAUCGAGCUUCAGGACCGCAUACGUGAUCAACACCACAUCAGCUCCAGCGCCCCUAAGAUACACAACCAGCCAUGGAAGACGUCGAGUUUAAUAAAUCGCAUUCCAACUCGCCGCUGCCUGAAGCCGGCAACGACCCAAACGACCCUCUACGCCCCGAGAUCGACGAAGAAAACUCGGCGCCGAAUCCUACUAACGCCACGACGCACCAGGAUAUGGAGGUGACGGCAGAUAAGGAGGAGAUGCCUGAUCAGGAUGACAUCGAAGCAGGCUUGUCAGACAACGAUUCUGCGCUGUCCGAGGCGCUCGAUGAUGGAGACUUCGACGAGCAGUUCGGCGACUUCGAUGCCAGCAACAUCGCUAUUGAGGAGCGCGCAAUAGACGAGGACACAGUCAAGCAAAUCGGUGUGCACAAGAGAAAGCGUGCUGCAGGCGAAGGUGAUGAGCCCAAGAAGAAGAAGAAGCGUGCUGACAAGCCGCGUCGCAAGAAGAACAAGGAUGGCGACGAGGAUGGUGGAGACCAGGGCGAGGGUGGAAGGAAGAGCAGGAGAUCCAAGAAGGAGGGCCGGGUACGAGGUGCUAGCCCAGACGAAGAAGCAGAGGCAAACCUUACGCCCGAAGAGCGUCGAAAGCGCGCACUCGAGCGACAAAUGGACGCCAUCGUGAAGAGCAGUUCGACUCGCCGCCGCAAGAAGGACGGAAUAGAUCUUGAACAGAUGGCCGACCAAGAGAUCGAGGAGAUGCGCCGCCGUAUGGCGCAGGCCGCAGAAGCAGACAAUGAAGGCCGCAAGCGCGGCGAACCAGCCCGACACAAGCUCAAGCUUCUGCCAGAAGUCGUCGCCCUGUUGAACAAGAGCAACCUCAAAGAGUCAAUUGUAGAUCCAGAGUCAAACAUCCUCGAAGCUGUUCGCUUCUUCCUCGAACCCCUCAGCGACGGUAGCCUGCCAGCCUACGAUAUUCAGAAGGAGCUGUUUGCAGCGUUGGCUAAAUUACCCAUCAACAAGGACACUCUCGUUGCAUCUGGUAUUGGCAAGGUCAUCAUGUUCUACAUCAAGAGCAAGCGUCCUGAAUUGACAAUCAAGCGACAAGCUGAGCGCCUCUUCACAGAUUGGACUCGUCCGAUUCUUAGGCGGACAGACGACUACCGCAAGAAGGAGUUCAGACAGGCCGACUUCGAUCCUACACGAAAGGCCGCUACUGGUAAUGCUGCUGCCAACAGCCAAGCUGCUGCUCAAGCUGCUGCAAGGAAGAAGGCCCUUGAGGCUCCAAAGGCAUACCAGCGCGCUCGUAUGGAGACUGGUCGCAUGACAUACGAUAUUGCGCCAACAAACCAUGUUACCUUCAGCGAGAGCAACAACUCCCGACGAGAUAUAGACAUUCUGAAGACAGUGAAGGCCAGGCAGGGUGGUGGCAGGCGCUGAGAGCCUCUGACGGUGUUUGGUUUGAUUGCCAAUUACGUAUUGGAGUUCAUGGUGUUACAGUACGCGCUUGGGUAGGCAUUGUUAGCCAGACUGCAUAUCAUGGAGUUUCGAAGCCGGCUUGCGAGCCAAGAGGCGUUCACAUCCUUUGAAUGAUUAUUGCAUGUACGAGACAUAACCAGAACCAUCACACAUCUUCUCUCGAUGCAAG